GGAAAAGGGAUUGAGGUCACCCCGGUAGUCAUUGCUGAGGCACUACAAUACCAAAGGCCUCCUGCUGAUAUAGUCGUCUACCCCUAUGGCACUAAAAGGAGGAAACAACUCCAUGAGUAUGCGCACUUGGUGUACAAAGACCCCAUGAAAUUCAGUGAAAAUAUCCAAGUCAAGGAGCUCAAGAAUUCUUAUGGGGUGAUGCACAAGAUUCUUCACUAUAAUGUUCUACCUUGGGGAGCAGAGAAGAAGCAUGGGGAAGAAAAGAUGGCCCUACUUUAUGAGUUCAUG